AUGGCGGCAAUGGGCGUACUCAUCAGCAUCCUGCUCCUCCUACUCACACCACCGUCGCUGCUGGCCGCCGACGACUUCUGCGACAACGUCAAGGCCGUCGGAGCCAUCCUCUCCAAGAACGCCUCCGCCUCCCCGGUACACUUCGCCAGCGCCACCUUCGGGCAAGCCCCCGACGUGGUCUCCGCGCUCGCGCUCUGCGGCGGCGACAUCCUCGACGGCUCCGCUUGUGCCGGCUGCAUCACCAGCUGGUUCGACAAGCAGGCGCUCAACCAGACGCAGUGCGCCAGGGCCGGCUCCAACUACCGGGACUGCAUCAUCGCCUACGGCGGCGCCGCCGCCAACAUCCUCGCGGCGCCCUCCAACGCCACGGGAGGGUCCGGCGACAACACGCCGCCCUUCGAGGACUGGAGCAUCAGGAACGUCUCGGUCUCGGGCGGCGCCGGCGCCGUCCCCCUCGUCGUCGGCCUCACCCGCGAGCUGCUGGCGGCGACUGCGGAGAAGGCGGCAGUCACGACUCCGAGCCGGUAUGCCACCGGUGUCAUGGACAUGGAGAGCGUGGCGACGUACCCGAGGGUGUACUCGCAGGCGCGGUGCACGCCGGACCUGCCCGCCGACGAGUGCUCGGCGUGCCUGCGCCGUCUCCUCGGCAUGGUCAACUCCACCAUGUCCAUGCGCAUGGGUGGACAGAUGGGUGUCACCCGCUGUUAUUUCAGGUACGACGCAUUUCAGUUCUACUCUGGUCAGCCACUGCUCAGUCUGCCGGCGCCGGCGCCGGCGGCAGCUCCGACUCCGAACAAAAGCAGGAGGAGCAUGUUAUGGGUAAUCCCCGUAGUUGUAGUUCCUCUAACUGCAGCUGUAUUUCUCCUCUUCAUCUGUUACUAUCGUCGGAGAAAAGGAUCAAGAUAUGCAAGGAGGAAAAUGCAAGAGAAAAACUCGGAGUUCUCUUUCUUUGACUUUGCAGAGCUAGUGGUGGCUACAAGUAAUUUCUCAGAGGAAAACAAACUUGGAGAAGGUGGCUUUGGCCCAGUCUACAAGGGCCAGCUUCCAGAUGGGUUGGAGAUAGCGGUCAAGAGACUUGCUUCACUUUCACGACAGGGAUUCAUAGAGUUCCAAAAUGAGCUCCAGCUCAUAGCCAAGCUCCAGCACAUAAAUUUGGUUAGGCUCUUGGGGUGCUGCUCUCAAGAGGAGGAGAAAAUAUUGGUCUAUGAAUACUUGCCCAACAAAAGCCUGGAUCACUUCAUCUUUGAUGAGAAUAAAAGGCCUUUACUGGAUUGGCCAAAACUUGUAGCAAUAAUUGAGGGAAUAGCACAUGGUCUUCUUUACCUGCAUAAGCACUCCCGGUUGCUUGUUAUACAUCGAGACCUUAAACCGAGCAAUAUUCUCCUGGACAGUGAAAUGAAUCCAAAAAUUUCAGAUUUCGGUCUAGCAAAAAUAUUCAGCUCAAAUGACACUGAAGCAAACACUACAAGAAGAGUGAUUGGCACAUAUGGCUACAUGGCCCCUGAGUAUGCUUCAAAGGGCAUCUUCUCUAUUAAAUCCGAUGUCUUCAGCUUUGGUGUAAUCAUUUUGGAGAUCCUUAGCGGAAAACGGAAUUCUGGUCAGCAAGAAUGUGGAGAAUUCAUCAAUCUGCUUGGACAUGCAUGGCAAUUAUGGGAAGAUGGAAAGUGGUUUGACCUCGUUGAUUCAUCAUUUGUUCCCCAUAGUCACGCGGCAAAGAUGAUGCGAUGGAUUAACAUAGCAUUGUUGUGUGUACAAGAGAAUGCGGCUGAUCGACCAACCAUGGGAGAUGUUGUUUCAAUGCUAAGCAGUGAGACUAUGAUCUUGGAUGAGCCUAAGCAACCAGCAUAUAUCAAUGUAAGAGUUGGAAAUGAAGAUGUGUCAAGUGCUCCCGAGUCAGAUAGUAUUAAGGAUAUGACAAUAUCUGUCACAACUCCAAGAUAG